GAACAAGAAUGAUCUAUACUAAAACAUCCUAGAACUAACCUAAUCACCCUUAAUCUCCCUAACCCAUGAAUUCAAAAGGUGAUUACUCACUAAUCUCCAUGAUUCCUCUUAAACCCAUAUUGGAUUUCAGAUUAAUCAUGUAGAGAAAUAGAUAAGAAAUCAACAAGAACACAAGAUGAAAGCAAUAAAAUCUGAAUCAAAAGAAGUUUUACUAGUUGUUCUCUAGAAAAGAGAUUAUCUGCCUCCCAUGGCUUACAAAAGUACUUAACUUAGGUUUAGACAAUGUAAAACAACAAAACAAAUGACCAAAAGGCCUCUGAAAUAACAUAAAAAUCGUCCAAGCAAAACACAUCGGGAGCGACCUCCUGGAGCGACUAUGCUAUUAGUCAAUAUAUCAAAACUAAAUGCAAAAUAAAAUAUUGCAUAUUGUUAUUUCUAACAAAAUGAAUAGAUAUAUAAAUCUAGCUUAAUUUAAUGUCACCGACGUGGAAAUAAUUUAAGUAAAGAUAAAAUUAACAACUAAUCUCUUUAUGUUAUUAUUACCACUAAAUGCUUCUUACCUUUAUCUUCAUAUUAUUAAGUCUUUUUACUAUAAUUAACAAAAGUUCUAAUUAUUAACAAGAAAAUGAAACUAAAUCAAUAAAUGCACAUUAUGAUAAUAUUUUUAACAAACAUUUCCUUACAUUUUAAGUAAACAAUUACUAUUUUUCUUUUAUUAUUAAAAAAUAGAAACCAAGUCACAUGUACUCAUACUAUUGGUUAACUAAGAUUUUUAUUAAAAUCUAUCUACAUAAGAUUAGAUUUCAAGUUAAAUUUAUGGUAUUUUAAGAGAUCACAUCUAAUGUAUUUAGAAAUAUAUUUAUUCAAAAAUGGUAUUUGUAAAAAUGUGAAUCUGAUGUUUUACAUAGUGUUUUGAGUAAAAUAAGCAAUAAUAAGCAAAAAGAGAUGUUGACAAAAGAAAAAGCAAAAAGAGAAUUAAAUAUAUCCUGCUUUGGAAAAUUUAUAUUUGACUAUUUUAGUUAUAGAAAACAAAAACAAAAAACAAAAUAGAGAUGAUUAUUUGUUGGUAGCAAGAAGGGUAUUUCAGGAAUUGAUUAUUUCUUAAUGAGCAAUUUAUGUUACUAAGAAACAGAGAAGACAUUAAAAGAAAAACGAAAUUAUAAGACAAAACCAAACAUAAAAAAAAAGAGAGGAAGAUUUAUCAUUUCUUCAUGACCAAUUUAUUUCUUCCAAAUUUGCUCAAAUGCCUUUAAGCUCUCUCACAUACCCAACUCUAUAUAAGAUUACAGUUUAGAUUUUCUUUUUUAUGUUUGUUUUGCAUUGGCUCUCAACUCUCCAGCUUGAGCAAGUGAAGGAUCCUUUGUUGCUAGAAUCAUCUCUUUCGCUUAGGGUGAAAAAGGGUUUCUGAUUUGAUAAAUCUCCGGUGAAAAUGGCUUCUUCUACAGUUAAAGUUGGCUCCUUCGUUUGGGUGGAAGAUCCAGAGGAGGCAUGGUUAGAUGGUGAAGUUACUGAGGUUAAUGGAGUUGAUAUCAAGGUCCGAUGUACUUCAGGGAAGACGGUUGUUGUCAAAGUUUCAAACACAUAUCCAAAAGAUAUGGAAGUUCCUCCUUCUGGAGUGGCCGACAUGACAACGCUAGCAUAUCUACAUGAACCAGGAGUCCUCCAGAAUUUGAAAUCAAGAUAUCACUUAGACGACAUAUAUACUUACACAGGAGAUAUUUUGAUUGCGGUGAACCCUUUUAAACAACUAGAGAACCUUUACAAUGACCAUACGAUUGCACUCUACAAAGGAGCUCCCUUUGGAUCAUUGAUGCCUCAUCCGUUUGCAGUUGCUGAUGCAGCUUACAGACAAAUGAUUAAUGAGGGUGUUAGUCAAUCAAUCUUGGUAAGUGGUGAAAGUGGAGCAGGGAAGACUGAGACUGCUAAAACGCUUAUGAAAUAUCUGGCUAAGAUGGGAGGUCGAGCUGUCAAUGAUCUCUCGACCAGAAGGAGUGUUGAAGAUCAAGUUUUGGAGUCAAAUCCUGUUCUAGAAGCAUUUGGGAAUGCAAAGACCGUCAGAAACAACAAUUCAAGUCGAUUUGGUAAAUUCGUGGAGAUUCAGUUCGAUCAAAGGGGAAGGAUAUCAGGAGCUGCUAUCAAGACUUAUUUGUUAGAGAGAUCAAGGGUGUGCCAAGUGUCAGAUUAUGAGAGAAACUAUCACUGCUUUUACAUGCUUUGUGCUGCACCAAUAGAGGACACUAGAAAACUUAAGCUAGAGGAUCCAACAACAUACCGUUAUCUGAAUCAGUCUCGUUGUAUUAAGUUAGAGGGGAUGGAUGAUUCGAAAGAGUAUACUAAAACCCGAGAAGCAAUGAGCAUUGUCGGGAUAAGCUCAGAGGAGCAGGAAGCAAUAUUUAGAAUUUUGGCGGCUAUUCUUCAUCUAGGUAACAUAGAAUUUACAAACGGAGAAGAAACAGACUCGUCAGCUCCAAAAGACAAGAAGUCACUGAAGAUUGCAGCUGAGCUUUUCAUGUGUGAUGAGCAAGCACUGGAAGAUUCUCUUUGCCAACGUGUAAUGGUGACACCUGAAGAAACACUUUCCAGAUGUCUGGAUCCUGAAUCUGCAGCAUUGAGCAGAGAUGCUUUGGCAAAAUUUGUAUACUCAAGAUUGUUUGAUUGGAUUGUUAACAAGAUCAAUAAUUCAAUUGGGCAAGAUCCUGACUCGAAAAACAUGAUCGGAGUGCUUGAUAUUUAUGGAUUCGAGAGUUUCAAGACAAACAGCUUUGAACAAUUUUGCAUCAAUUUGACCAAUGAGAAACUUCAGUUCCACUUUAAUGAGCACGUCUUAAAAAUGGAACAAGAUGAGUACAAGAAAGAAGAAAUUGAGUGGAACCACAUCGAUUUCCCAGAUAAUCGAUAUGUUUUGGAACUUAUUGAGAAGAAACCUGGUGGUAUAAUUGCUCUUCUGGAUGAGGCUUGCAUGUUCCCAAGAUCAACACAUGAAACAUUUUCUCAAAAGAUGUAUGAAACAUUCAAAAAGAACGAGUACUUCCGCAAGCCAAAAUUAGCUCGUACUGACUUCACAGUUUGCCACUACGCUGGUGAUGUCACUUAUCAGACGGAACAGUUUCUGGAAAAGAACAAAGAUUAUGUUGUCGCUGAGCAUCAGGCUCUUCUAGGUGCUUCUAGGUGCACUUUUGUUGCAGGUCUAUUUCCUCUUCAAAUGGAAGAUGCUAGCAAACAGUCAAAGUUCUCUUCUGUAGCUUCACAAUUUAAGCAACAAUUGGCAUUAUUGAUUGAACGUCUCAGUACUACUGAACCUCGCUAUAUUCGUUGCGUUAAGCCCAAUAAUCUUCUGAAGCCUUCUAUCUUUGAGAACCAAAAUGUCCUGCAACAGCUACGUUGUGGGGGUAUGAUGGAGGCAAUUGAGAUUUGUCGUGCUGGAUAUCCUACACGAAAACUUUUUGAUGAAUUCCUGGACAGAUUUAGUAUCCUAGCAGCUUCUCUUACUUUGGAUAAGAGUUAUGAUGAGAAAGAAGCCUGCAAGAAACUUCUGGAGGCAGUUGGACUCGAAGGAUACCAGAUUGGAAAGACGAAGGUUCUCCUCAUGGCUGGACAGAUGGCUGAAUUAGAUGCUCGGAGGACUGAGGUCUUAGGAAGAGCUGCCAGAAUUAUACAGUGGAAAUUCCGCUCCUACCUUCUCAUCAAAGCUGCAAUAAAUAUGCAGGCUGUGUGCAGAGGUCAUCUUGCUCGACAUAGGUUUGAGGACAUGCGCAGAAAAGAAGCGGCUGCUUUGAAGAUCCAGAGAGCUUUGCGGAUCUACCUUGAGAGGCGUACUUACAUAGAAGCUGUUGUUACAGUUCAGUCAUGUUUGCGCGGCAUGGCUGCUCGCAAUGCACUACGAAAGAAGACCAACGCCACACUUGUUAUUCAGAUCAAUUGCCGUAGAUUCCUGGCGGAGACGCACUACAAGAAGCUGAAGAAAGCAGCGGUUACUACACAAAGUGCAUGGAGAGCAAGGCUAGCCCGUAAAGAACUGCGAGAGCUUAAGAUGGCUGCAAAAGAAACUGGAGCCCUACAAGCUGCCAAGAGCAAGCUUGAGGAGCAAGUGGAAGAUCUCAAGUUGACACUGGAGCUAGAGAAACGCUUGAGGGUGGACGUGGAAGAAAGUAAAACACAAGAAAAUGCGAAACUGCAAUUGGCAUUGCAGGAAAUACAAGACCAGUUCAAGGAAACCAAAGUGUCUCUCUUAAAGGAAGUGGAAGCUGCGAAAAAGACUGCAGAAAUGGUUACUGUGGUAAAGGAGGUUCCUAUUGUUGACACUGAACUAGUGGAGAAACUCAAGAGUGAAAACGAAAACCUCAAGUCCAUGGUAACUUCGCUGGAGCAGAAGAUAGAUGAAACAGAGAGAAAAUUCAAGGAGACAACCAAAAUUAGCGAGGAGAGACUGAAGCAGGUUUUAGAAGCUGAAAGCAAGGCUUUGGAAGCUGAAAGCAAAAUCGUUGAUUUGAAGACAGCCAUGGACAAACUACAAAAGAUGUUAGAGGAUGUGAAAAAUGAAAAUCAAGUUUUGAAGCAAUCUGUCUCAAGCACACCUGUUGAGACAGCAUCAGGACAUUUCCCUUCUACUCCAGUAAAGAACCUGCAAAAUGUCCACCAUCCUAGCGAAGAAAAUGCGUCUCUGCAGGGAACUAUGUUUACCACACCAGCAAGGAUUCAAGAACCGAGGGGAUCCCGUUUUGAUCCUCGACAUGAGGAUGUGGAUGCCUUAAUCAACUGUGUCACAAAAAGUGUUGGAUUCAGUCAGGGGAAGCCUGUAGCGGCAUUUACCAUCUACAGAUGUCUUCUUCAUUGGAAAUCUUUUGAAGCAGAAAGAACCAAUUUGUUUGAUCGUCUUGUUCAAAUGAUUGGUUCAGCUAUCAAGAAUGAAGAAGAAGACAACGCUAGUUUGGCAUAUUGGUUAUCCAAUACUGCGACCUUACUGUUCAUGCUCCAACAAAGCUUAAAAUCUGGUGGAACCGGGGAUAAUACUCCACUUCGAAACUCACCUUCCUUGGUCUGGUGGAUGACCAAGGGUUUCCGUUCUCCAGCGGCUGAAGCGAUUCGGCCAGUUGAUGCCAAGGUUCCAGCUCUGCAUUUCAAGCAGCAGCUUGCAGCAUAUGUUGAAAAUAUUAUUGGGAUUAUCUGGGAUAACCUGAAAACGGAGCUGAACACUUUCCUUACUCUCUGCAUCCAGGCACCAGUUACCUAUAAGGGGAAUGCACUGAUAUCUGAUAGCACUGCUAAACACUGGGAAGGGAUUACUGAAGCCUUAGAUGCACUGCUAAUCACACUUAAAGAUAACUUUGUUCCGCCGGUUCUUAUCCAGACUAUAUUCUCUCAGGCCUUCUCGCUCAUCAAUGUCCAACUGUUUAACAGCCUUGUCACCCGACGUGACAACUGUUCAUUUAUCAAUGGAGAAUAUGCAAAAUAUGGUUUAGAUAAGUUAGAGAAAUGGUGCUCGGAAACAAAUGAAGAGUAUGCUGGCUCAUCCUGGGAUGUACUAAAACAUACCAGACAAGCUGUUGGAUUCUUGCUCAUCCAUAAGAAAGACAGAAUCUCAUACGAAGAUAUUGCAAAUGAUCUGUGUCCAGUAAGUCUCUCUAUCAACCAACUCAUUUGUUGGACUUUGAGUUUGUGGUUAUGCUUGACACCAUUUUUUUCCUUGACUCAGAUCCUUAGCAUACAGCAGCAUUUCAGACUGUGUACUCUGUACAAGGAUGAAAUCUACAACACAGAAAGUGUUGAUCAAGAGGUGAUCGAAAGCAUGGGAAAAGUUAUGAUACUGAUAGACGUCAGCGACUUCUUGUUAAAAGAUGAUUCUAGCAACAGCAUGUCCAUGUUGAUCGAUGACUUAUCAAGUUCGAUGCAAGAUAAGGACUUUUCCCAAGUGAAACCUGCCGAGGAACUUGUGGAGAACCCAUCUUUCGUUUUCUUGCAGUAGUGCAAUUCAUAGAAACCAAAACUGCCCCCUUUUAACAAAAAAAUAUAGGAGGAAGAAUCUCAGAGAAAAUGGCUGAAGAAUUUUUUAAGAUUCGCCAGUUUGUUUAUUUGUUUCUCAUUACAUAUCUCUCUCUAAUUAUCCCAGAGAGCUUAAUUAUAUAACUUGUGUUGCUGGGAGAAAACAAAAGACAUGGUCAGUUCUUGUUGGUGUUGUGCAGUUUUUCUUAUAUAUUUUCCUUCUUUAUCUAAUUUUAUAAGUUUUAUUUCAGUUCUAAUAUUUUUUUAUU